UUGUUAGGCGAUUCUAGAGUAUACGAAUCCAGAUGAUUCAUAAGUAGUUCGAUACCUCUUUGAACUGUACGGUGCCCUUAACAAGCAUGGCCGCCACUUCAGCUCCAACCAGUAGCCAGCUCGGCGCCAUGACGCAUUAGGAAGUGGGCAACAACAGAAAGAGGAAGGCACGGUGUGCGCAUGCGCAGUGCCAAUUUCAGGCUGUGCAUUAUUAUAGUUGCAAGUUGGUUUUGGAUCCUGGAGAGCACAGAGAGGAGGAGCGAAGCCGGACGUGCAAUCACCUCUGUAUGUGUUUAUUGUGAAUUUUAUGGUUUAUUGAAUGCUUGAUAAAAAGGGAAGAGCAGGUGGGACAUGGUGAGAGCCAUGUGGAGAGCAGGAAGGCAUGGUCCUUGUUUACAUGUUGGAUGCUAUUAACUGCAACCUAAGAGCAUGGGGGGCGCUCUCUCAUAGCAUAUUCUUACAUAGGUUACAGGGGGAAGUUACAGGGGGAUUGUGGCAUGGGGGUCAUAUGUAUCAUGUAUGGCACCUUGUAUUAUACUUGUUUUCAUAAAGAAGUGCACAAUGUACAUUUCUCCCUUCUUUUUAGUCUUUCAGUGUUACUGACAGUAUAUUAUAACUAUUAUAAUUAUUGUUGUUAUAGUGUGCCAACAUAUUCUGCAGUGAUGGCUGUCCAGCACACAUCCACAUGGCCAACAUUAAAAAACAAAAAUCAAUUUUAAAAAAUGAUGCAUCUUCUAGAGCAGUGUCUCUCAACCUUUUAAGAAGCACUCCUGCAGAUCUGAACAAUUUUUUCCCAAGUACCCCUGCCUCUAGAAAAUAACUUAUAUUGAUUUUAAAUUCCAAAUAAAAUGUGUAGACACUGAUAUUCUGGUUAAUCUGAUAUUGGAGCGCAAGCCUGAUUACAGGCAAUAAAGAUUAUUUUUAAAAAAAGAGAUGACAGAAUGUGAAUAUCAUGUAUGUAAGGAGUAGUGUAUGAACUUUUAACCUGAUGUAUAAAAGUCAGGACACACGCACUCUCAGUGAUUUGACACACACGGACAUACAGACACAUACACAUUAUUUCACAAACACUCACAAAUUGUUAUUUUUGUAUUACUUUUAUUUAACUCCACCCAGCCUCCAUACUUUGGGAGAGUGGAUCCUUUCCCUGUUGUCCAGUGUAGGGCUUGUGUAAUCUUGGUGUUCUUCCAGCACUGUUCCCUUGCAUGUUCUUUAGUGAGGGCACAUGCUGGAGCAGUAUUGAAAGAUUACAAAUCCCUGUCAGUCUCCAUCUACCCCUCCUGGACACUUUAUUUGGGCAGAAUAGGCACCUGCCGUCCGGGUAAGCAGGUGCCUACUCUACCUUAGCGUACAGCCAGCUGCCUCCUUGGAGUUGGUAUGGUGGCCAGCUUUUGGUGCACCCCUUUUCUUUGUUGCGUGUGCUCUUUGGGAUAUGUGUACCAAUGGUUGAGAAACAAGAGCAGUACUUUUCAGAUGAGCCCUUAAGAUUACAUUAGGUUAAUAUUUAGAGAAAACCCAGUGCAGAAAAAAACAGUCCAAUACUGUUAUAAAGACAAUAAUAAAUAGUAGUAAAAAAAAAAAAAAAAGGCAAAAAGCAUAGACAAGAUAUAUUUCUAACACUGUAGGAGAGGAGCAUUGGUAAUCUAAUGCACGUGCGAGGUGAACGCUGUGUGCAUUAAACAUCCCCCAUAGCAGAGCAUUGAAUCAAUGCUUUCCUAUGUGGGGUUCUGCAUCAGGUGACAGAGUUGUACACGGCUGUGAUACUGACAGUCACUAGAAGUGGACUUAAACCUGCAAUGUAAACACUGCAGUUUCAGAAUAUCUUCAAUAUUUUCUAUUGCAAGGUUAAAAGGAUAGUGAUUCUGCAUCAAGACCUUAUCAUUGAGAUGAAGUGGUCUGCGUUACUAGAGUGUCAUUUAAACCUCAUAAGGGCGCAUGAUUGCCUUACUUCUUCAUGGGUGUCCUUUCUUGAAAGACCAACUUUAGCGCCCAAAACUACUACGUGCUCUUUUUAAAGUGCAUACAAUUACAUCUAUAAAUUUGAAAAAACGAAAUGCUGCUUUUCUUCUCAUGCCUUUUGUCUUUUAAACAUUCAGAAUAAAACACAUUUAUUUAAUACAGUUUACAUUUGAUCUGUAUUUAAAACAAAAUUGUGAUGACAUUACCAGACAUUUAAUGCAAAUUAGUGUAGUAUCCAUUUUAUUGACAUUUGAAGUUGGAAUUGUGAAAAAAUGUCAAACACAUGCUUGGGUUAUGCGGACAAUGGCAGCACAUUAACCUUUGAUGUAUACCAGAAGUGUUCCUACUCUGCACAUCUUAUCCCAAUAAAAUAUCCAGUAAACGUGCUGGCUCUUUAAUUAAAUGUUACUGUUUGUUUCAGGUUCCUUGAUUUGACUCUACAAGUGAUUAAAUCUUAGAACACAGCCGGGUUGGCGAGGUGGCAGACAAUUGCUGUAUGCAUAAUUCUAAACUUCAAAUUUGAACUCAAGGUCACUAUGUGAAUUUUCACUUUUUUUUUUCUCCAGCUUACUGGAUGCAAUGUCAGGAGCAAAGAGUAGAGCCAAGAAAAAGGCAAAUAUCAUUGAGAUCUCAUCUGACACAUUACCUGUAAGAUCAUCUGGCAGACAGGUAAGAUCUGCUUGUGUACGUUUAUCAUGGUGGUUUGAAUUUUGUUGUAUAGGGUGUGGACAAAACACAAAAUUAAGAAGCAUGUAGGAACUCGAUUAAAAUGUACGUCAUUGUACACAGCAUGUAGGAACUCGAUUAAAAUGUACGUCAUUGUACACACAAGUUUUAUUUAGUUUAAAAGUGCAUACAAUUUAAAGGGUUUCUUCAACCAUAAAACACUGAUACUGAUAUGGUUUUAGUAACUCCUUCUGUGCUGCCACCCCUCCAAUAAAAAUCCCUUGUUGAAGCCAAGUUUCCCUCAGCCCGAUCCUCCUUGGCUAACGUCACUCGCCUUCACUGGAGUGAAGGGGGGGGGGGGUUGUUGCCGCCAUUGGCUGUCUGGUGACUGGAUGCUGUGCUUGCUGGUGUCAGGCAACCUUGUUCUGUGCUGGCUAAUGGCGAUACCACAGGUGGAAUUAAACUUCCAGCAACAAAAGGGGUAGGUCCCUAGCAAGAUUUUGGUGAAACCUGAUCUGCAGCAGGCUGUGAGCUGAUGGCUGAGUGUCCUGAAGCAGUGCUGGAGCAAAUGACUGGUUUCUAAAGGAUCUUCGUGAAGUGGGCAUGAGGAAGAGAUAAAGAGGUGUCUUAGUCCAUGCCAGUCCAAGUCUGUUACUGUGUGCACGAGAGAGAGACUAGUUGCUGAGUGAUCGGAGUCGGCAACGCGGGAGUGGGUCCAGUCAAUAGGAGGGAGAGAAGGCUGAGGGUAGUUCAGGAGAGCAAUAGCCCACAGGGAAAGAGGAUCUGGUUCAGCAGGGAGCAGAGGAAGCUAGAAGGGAACGUUAAUCACGGAGACAUUUACCAGACUUAAUAACUGAGUACAGAUCAGAGCACACAGUGGAUUUAACACCUACAUUAUGAAAGUAGCGAAACUGGGACCACUGUCUUAAUGCUUUUUACAUAGUGGUCUAUAUAGUGUAUACAAAUCAUUAGUUUUGUUUUGAAAGCCUAAUUUAUUGUACAUUUUAGAGCAAUCCAAUCAACCCUCUUAUUCAACACUUUGUUUAGGUAAAGAAGAAAGCAAAUGAUACAUUAGAUGAAGAUGAAGAUUCAUCCGAAAAGAAAUAUAGGAAGUGUGAAAAAGCUGGAUGUACUGCCGCUUGCCCUGUUUGUUUUGCCAGCGCUGCUGAAAGGUUAGUUAAUAAUAGCUGAGGGUCUGUUGUAAAGCCUUCAUGCCAUUAGUACAGUAUAGUUAGUCUACUAAUUCGGUAAAAGCAAUCUGUCUAACUGCGAGAACAUGCACUUGGUAAUCAUACACAUUUUCUAUUGUCCAAAUGGGUCCCAACAAAACUAGUCCACUAGGCCUGUGAAUGAAGUUAAGGUUUGGACAGGAGUACACCUAAUAUAUGGGUUCAGCAGCCAAAAGUGCCAGAAAAUGUAUAAAUAGGAAGAUAAUACUUGAAAUUAAAUGUAAAAAAUCACACACCCCCCAGGUGACUAGGGGUCCCAAAGCCCCUAGUCACCCCCCACCUCAAUAAAAUUAUACACUACCUACCCCCCUCAGCGUAAAAAUAGUGAGGGGCUGACAAAAACCGAAAUACCUGUAAAUGGGGAAAAAAAGCAUACUUACCAUUAGAUGUCUUCUUUUUUCUUAAACCUUCUUUUUUGAGCCCCCAAAAAGGCCAAAUAAAAAUCCACAAUUUCCAUUGAAUUUAUUAAAUUUAAAAAAAAAAGCGCAAUAUAAAAAAAAGUUUAAAAAAAAGAAAAAUCUGACACUAAAAAAAAAAUCCAUGUUCACCCAGCGAAGGCACCGACAGACUGAGCUUUGCAAGGCUCUUCCCACGCCCUGCAAUAUGACUCAGAGCGCUCUGAUUGGUUGGUUGAAACCAACCAAUUAGAGUGCUCUGACAGGUAAAUUGUGAGCCUUACCUGAUAGGUAAAUUUGAGCCUUGCAAGUUACCAAUCAGGUAAGGCUCACAAUUUACCUGUCAGAGCACUCUAUUUGGUUGGUUUCAACCAACCAAUCCGAGCGCUCUGAAUCAAAUUGCAGGGCGUGGGAAAGCUUUAUAUGGCUUUCCCCACCCUGUGGAGCUCGGGGGGCCAAUUUCAUUAAAUAGCUCCCCACUCGUGGGGCUGGGAGGGGGGCAAUAUGUCCUCCCCUGUUAAUUGAUUUGGGGAGCCACAGGCUGCUCACUGUUUAGUAGACAUGCCCCUACUCACGGCAUAGUGAGUAGGGGCAUUCAGGAGAUUUUAAUAUCACUUAUGCUAUUAUGAUGAUCAUAUUGACCCCCAUAGAGUGAGGGAGGACAUGGGGGGAGUUGGGAAGUGACGGGGAGCACUGCUCCAUGCCGCUUCUAUUUUCCCAUAUUACAAGUUGGGAGUUGUGAGCUGGUAGCUCCCUCCUUGUAAUAAACUAAACGAACGAACAAAGAGGUAUUCAUUCGUUUGAAAUGUCUAUUCGUUAAUUCGUAUUUCUGACGAAUGAAUGAAUUGACGAAAUUCCUGUCCGAAUGCCCAAGUGUUUAACUGGGCAUGCGCAGGAAUUUCAUAGCGCUAUCUAGUGUGGGCAGAUGACGUGUCCCACGGGGACUUCAUCUGCCCACACAAAGAUGGUGCCGCCGAGGAUCACAUAUAUCAUGUGCAAAAAUACAUAAUGCAUAUAGUGCAAAAUGUGAAAACACAGUUAUGUACAUAUAGGUGCAGAAACAUGAUCACAUCGAUCAUGUGCAAUGUGAGCACAUAAUUGUGUAAAUAAAAGUGCAUAAUGCAAUCACCGAGCAACUGUAAGCACAUAAUCAUGUGCAGAUGUGAGCACAAUAAUAUGUGCACAUUGCCACAUACAUAAAGUGUAAUUGUAUAUUAGGUCUAUACAAGUGCAAAAUAAAAACCACUAAGUGCAAAUUACCUAUCAAUAUACAUAAACUUGUACAAGCCUAAUGUAUCCUCCUAGCAGACAAAAAACAGUCUAACUAAAUAUUAAUACAAAUAUAUUAUAAGGAAAAAAAUGCUUUAAUAUCCCCUCUGACGCUCUGUUGUUCUAAAUUAAACAGAUUUAAAUUUGUUAACCUUUCUUUAUACCUAAAAUGUUCCAUUCCUUUUAUUAAUUUUGUAACCCACCUCUGCACUUUUUCCUAGUGCCAUAAUAUUCUUCUUUAGAACAGGUGCCCAACAUUGCACAGCAUAUUCAAGAUGUGUUCUUACCAUGAUUUACAAAGAGGCAAAAUUCUAUUUUCAUCCUGAGAGAACACCUUGCGUGCUUUAGCAACUGCUGAUUGAUAUUGCUUCUAGUUGCCUAGUUUGUUGUCUAUAACUGUAUUGUUAUGCCUAAUUCACUACUGUUUAGCGUGUCAGUUAUUUUUUCACUCUUCAGCCAUGAAGUGCAUGACUUUACAUUUAUAUUCUUUAAAUUUCAUCUGCCAUUUGAGUGCCCAGUCCCCCAAUCUAUCUAAAUGCCUCCGCAGCAAAGUAAUAUCCUGCUCUCAUUGUAUUGUUAUGGGUCAUCUGCAAACACUUAAACAUCAUUUUUAAUGUCCAUUUCAAGAUCACUUAUAAAUAUGUUGAAUAGGAGUUGUCCCAGAACAGAAUCUUGAGGUACACAACUUUUUUUUGUCUAGUUUGAAAAUGUCCAAUGAUGACACUUUUCUGUACAUCUUUAAUCCAAUAUUCUACCCAAGAAGAAGAGUUUUCAUCUAGACCAAUGUCUUUUCGUUUGAACACUAACCUAUCGUGUGGGCAUCAAAAAGGCUUAAUGAAGCAGUUUUAGUGAAUAGAAAGAUUAAAACCGAGAUUUGAUUAUUUCCACACUUGGCUCCUUAAGUACUCAUGGGCGAAUACCAUCAGGCCCAGGGGCUUUGUUCACAUUAACGUUUUUUGUAGCGUUCAUUUGCAUAUCUAUUGCCAUAGGUUCCUCCUUAAUAUAUACUAAGGAAAGUUAUUUAAAAUGUCUGACUUUUCUUUGUCUCCAUUAACUAACACACCUGUUUCUGAUUUCAGUGUACCUAAACUUUCAUAUUGUAUUUUUGAGAUUGGUUUUACUCUCUUUGUCUAUCACUUUCUCAUUUGCAAGUUUUGCCCAUCUAAUUGCCUUUUUACAUGCAUUAUUGGCUUCCUUAUAUCUCAUAUAGGAUGCCUCUGAUCUUAAAUGCCCUUUUCUUAUUUUUAAUUUUACGUUCCCAAUAAACCACAUUGGUUUCUGUUUGUUUCCUUUAUAUUUAUUAGCAAAUGGUACAUUCUAAGAAGUAUACAUUUCUAUUAUUUGUUUGAAGAUAUUCCAUUGAUCCUCAGUGUUUUUCACUAAAGCGUUUAUGCCAGUCAAUGAGUUGUAAAGCUGCCCUUAUCUUUUUGAAAUUUACCUUUUUAAAAUAGUUUUUUGUAUACUCCAUGGGCAUUUCAUUUUUUGAGUCUAUUUUAAAAGAUACCAUGUUUUGAUCACUCUUUCCGAAGUGCUCCCCUACUGGAAUGUCUGUAAAAAGAUCAACAUUGUUUGUUAUAACCAGAUCCAGACAAGCGUCCUUACUAGUUGGUUUGUUCCAAUUGUGACAUGAAGGUGUCAUUUAAUAGAUUAAAACAAUCUGAUUCCCUUUGCUGAACUACUAGUCUAUCCCAAUUUCUUUCCGGGUAAUUAAAAUCGCCAAUAAUUAAAGUGUUACCCAGAUGUGCAGCUUUCCCACUUUUCUCUAACAGCUGUUCUUCCUCCUCAAUAUAAACAUUAGGUGGUUUAUAAUCUAUCCCAACUAAUAAUUGAUUUCCCUUCUUUUGCCCCACAAAAAAUACUCUACUAAAAUGCAGACUUUUCUUCCAUACUUUGCUUGUGGUUGUGUGUAAAUAUUACAGAUUGAUUUGCAUGACAUUUAGGGGGCAGGAUGGCUACACAGCUGUCAGUGGAUCUUGUAUUUUCACUAACGGCAUAUUGAUAAUGAAGGAAAAAGUGUGUGAACAUAUUUAUACAUGCGUAUGUAUUUGUAUAGAUCAUUUUUUAUAAUAAACUCUUGAACUUGUGUUUUUUUUUAUUUCUUUUCCUUAGAUGUGCCAAAAAUGGUUAUACAUCUAGGUGGUAUCAUCUUUCCUGUGGAGAGCAUUUCUGCAAUGAAUGCUUUGAUCACUAUUACAGAAGGUAAGUUCUUCAGCAUGUAGACCAUAGGUUGAUGAGAAACCAUAAUGGGAAGUAGAUUCUAAUUCACCUUUAAAUAGCUGUGAUCUAACUGGUGUGUCAUCUCAUCUAGAACAACUGCUUAAAGGGACACUAUAGUCACCCAGACCACUUCAGCUCAAUGAAGUGGUCUGGGUGCCAGGUCCCUCAAGUUUUAACCCUUCAGAUGCAAACCUAGCAGUUUCAGAGAAACUGCUAUGUUUACAUUGCAGGGUUAAUCCAGCCUCUAGAGGCGCAUCUGCGACGCUGGAGGCAUAUUAUCCCUUCAUCACGCAGAGCGUCCAUAGGAAAGCAUUAAGAAAUGCUUUCCUAUUGACAGCUUGAAUGCGCGCGCGGCACUUGCCGCGCAUGCGCAUUCGGAUCCUGUGACGUUGGACGGCUCAGCUGACGUCGGCAGGGGGGGGAGAGGUCACCAGCGCCAAGGGAACCCGGCGCUGGAUUAAAGUAAGUAACUGAAGGGGUUUUAGAAACAUAGAAUGUGACGGCAGAUAAGAACCAUUCGGCCCAUCUAGUCUGCCCAAUUUUCUAAAUACUUUCAUUAGUCCCUAGCCUUAUCUUAUAGUUAGGAUAGCCUUAUGCCUAUCCCACGCAUGCUUAAACUCCUUUACUGUGUUAACCUCUACCACUUCAGCUGGAAGGCUAUUCCAUGCAUCCACUACCCUCUCAGUAAAGUAAUACUUCCUGAUAUUAUUUUUAAACCUUUGUCCCUCUAAUUUAAGACUAUGUCCUCUUGUUGUGGUAGUUUUCCUUCUUUUAAAUAUAGUCUCCUCCUUUACUGUGUUGAUUCCCUUUAUAUAUUUAAAUGUUUCUAUCAUAUCCCCCCUGUCUCGUCUUUCCUCCAAGCUAUACAUGUUAAGAUCCUUUAACCUUUCCUGGUAAGUUUUAUCCCGCAAUCCAUGAACCAGUUUAGUAGCCCUUCUCUGAACCCUCUCUAAGGUAUCAAUAUCCUUCUGAAGAUACGGUCUCCAGUACUGUGUACAAUACUCCAAGUGAGGUCUCACCAGUGUUCUGUACAAUGGCAUGAGCACUUCCCUCUUUCUACUGCUAAUACCUCUCCCUAUACAACCAAGCAUUCUGCUAGCAUUUCCUGCUGCUCUAUUACAUUGUCUGCCUACCUUUAAGUCAUCAGAAAUAAUCACCCCUAAAUCCCUUUCCUCAUAUGUUGAGGUUAGGACUCUAUCAAAUAUUCUGUACUCUGCCCUUGGGUUUUUACGUCCAUGAUGCAUUAUCUUGCACUUAUCCACAUUAAAUGUCAGUUGCCACAAUUCUGACCAUUUUUCUAGUUUACCUAAAUCAUUUGUCAUUUGGCUUAUCCCUCCUGGAACAUCAACCCUGUUACAUAUCUUAGUAUCAUCAGCAAAAAGACAUACCUUACCAUCAAGACCUUCUGCAAUAUCACUAAUAAAAAUAUUAAAGAGAAUGGGUCCAAGUACAGAUCCCUGAGGUACCCCACUGGUGACAAGUCCAAGCUUCGAAUAUAUUCCAUUAACUACAACCCUCUGUUGCCUGUCACUCAGCCACUGCCUUACCCAUUCAACAAUAUUGGAAUCCAAACUUAAAGAUUGCAGUUUAUUGAUAAGCCUUCUAUGUGCAACAGUGUCAAAAGCCUUACUGAAAUCUAGGUAAGCAAUGUCUACUGCACCACCCUGAUCUAUAAUUUUAGUUACCCAAUCAAAAAAAUCAAUAAGAUUAGUUUUAACCCCUUCAGCGCCACGGGAGGGGGACCCUGAGGGUGUGGGCACCCUCAGGGCACUAUAGUGUCAGGAAAACAGCUUUGUUUUCCUGACACUAUAGCGAUCCUUUAAUUAUGUAGAACAAAAACAAAGAAAAGGUUUCCGUAAUGACAGUAUGAGAUAUGCUCACGCAGUUUAUAAAAAGCUCAAAAGUGACUUUUUGCAAGAAUACCAUGUUUUCGUGUGAAAUCUAACCAUAGCUCACAGAACAAAAUAAAUGUUUUGUAAUUAGAGGUACUCCUAAACAUGAUUGGUGUGUCUUUGAAAUCAGUAAUGAGCUAUUGUUCACAUCAAUCUUCAACAUUAUACAAAGGCAUAUUAACAGAUAACUGUGAAGACAUAUUUUUGCUUUAAGAUAAAUGAAUAAGCUUCUCUUGUUUUCUGUUAAAUGAAACUGCGGAAUGUCUGUCUAGAUUCCUUGACUGGUUUUAAUACCUGCUACUUCUCUUGUCUUAUUAGACUUUUAAAGGGAUCCUUCAGGCAUAUAAGAGCUAAUAGCCCCCCCCCCUUUUUUUUUUUUUAAAUAUCUUAAAAUAAUCUUUGUUAUACCAUCUAAUUAUUUGUUUUAACUCCUCUAUAUUUAAAUUCAAAUGAAAUUCCUUUAGAUAAAAAACAAAAGGUACUGGCGCUUGUAUAAAACUUACAUCUAUGAGUAAUAUCUCAAAAGAUGUGACAGUAGCAGCUAAACACCAAAAAGUGCAACUUUUCCAAAAAACACCAACAGAUAAUAGAAGAUAUAAAAAGUGGAGCGCUAUAAAAAAUAAAAAAUUACCUUUAAAACAAUAAUCUUGAUGCUUUUAAGUGAGUUAUUACUUCAAGAACCUAGAAAUUUAAAUUGUACCAAAUAGUGCAGCUCUUAAAUAAGUAAAAUAUUAUAGAAGUAAGGUUUAUAAAUAAAACACUCACAAACAGGGAGCUAUAAGACCUAGCUCUGGUGCGGAUAGCCUCUGGGUCCGUCUAGGCGACCCACCCCUAUGGGGAAUGUAUGUCCCGUCCUGUUAAAGAGUCUAUAAACACACGAUAGGGUAGUACAAUAAGGAGCAAGAUUAUAAAAAUGAAUGCCAACUCAGUACUUGCAAACACAGAGCCCCUGUGGCUCAAUAGUAGCGUGUUGUGUAGAUAUAAGGCUACACUCCCCCUUUAAAUCGAUGUCUCUUAAAAGCCGGGAACCAAAGGAAAAGUUUGCAUACAUUUAUUGAAACAUAUAAUAAAACAUAUAAAUAAAAUAAGGAACAAUGUCCAUAAAAGUACCAGGACGUGUUUCACCACUUGAUGUGGCUUCCUCAGCCGGAUAAAUGUUGUUGUGUAGAUCCUUAGUUCCCCGGCUUGUGCUUAUAUACCCUCCUAACGAGGGAAUGAUCUUCAUCAGUGGCUGUUACGUAAUUAUCAUAUGAGGUAAUACAUAACACAUCUCUAUGGUGAUGAAUCAAACAUCCCGGCGGACACUCUCACAUGGAGCUUCGUCGGGUCUUAAUUGUCCUGAAGCAUUUAAUUACUUCCCUGAGUUCCAAGCCUCUUUCUGAGGUUGACAUCAGCAGUGUUUUUGUCUUUCUCUUCCACGAUCUUCUGAGCAAUCUAGUAGUCACUGUUCGAUCUGUAGUUCUUUAAGGGAUAUUCCUAUAGUUCGUUCAUACACAGGCUCAUAUCUCAAGAUGUGAGUUCUUAAUUUCUCCAAUUAGAUCGAUUAGGAAAUAAAUAAACCUACAAGAAUCACACAUGAAGGGGUACAAUAAUAUAGAGAAGUGUUAAUUCAUAUCACAUACUUAAAAUAUCACAUGGGAAUCACUACAUAAGUGAUAAAUCACCCAUAGUGCAAAACAGCAAGGAAAAUAAGGAACCCAUAAUGAUGACUCAAACAGUUGCUAUAUAGAUAGUGCAUUCAAAAUAGUGACUAUUUUACAACACAAGAAUUGGUCUAAAAAUUACAUGAAAAUUGUAUACAAAUUUUGAUUUAAAAAUUUACAGAAAAAUUGAAUUGAUUUUAAAAAUUACAGAAGAAUUAUAUGAAAUGGGAAUUAUAGAGGAGGACGAUCAAGCAGGCGCCAUCUUCUAAACCUUGUGGUUAAAUUGUUCAUAAACGGAUAGAUAACAUGGUGCUCUACUUAUCCUGACACGAUAACUUUAGUGAGUUGAAGUUGGUAUGGUGCCUAGAGUUUUUCUUUAAGCUGUGUUGGUGCAAGGUGUGUUACUUUAAAUAUUUUGAUGUCUCAUGUGUAAUGUUACAUUUAAGUAUGUGUGUAUUUAAGACUGCGUUUACUGCGCUAUGUUUAAAUAAUCCAGAUGUCACAGCCUGGGUCCCAAUAAUACUAUACACAAUAUUUUUUUCAAUGGCAAGUAUACUCAAAGCAUUAGCCAUAUAAAUUUUGUCCAUAUGUUGGAAGGUAUUCACUGGCUGAGUGUAUCAGUUGACACACACGUCAGACCGUUAAUGCUGUCCAAAUCUGGACAAAAUUGACUUUGCUAAUUUGCAAUAACAAUAUGCUGAGCACAGGGCCAGGCUGCAGGUGCUGGGAGAGCCACGGUUUGUGUCAAACUGAAUGAUUUGAUACCGAACAGGCACAUGGCACCUGGAUCAUAACCACAAUAUGGCAUCAUAACCACUGUAGAGCACUGGUGUUAACCUUGUAUCCUGUUCAUGUUCCAUAAUCAAUAAAGGGGAUUGUGUUGAAAAUGUUUGAUCAUUUCACUUUAGGAUUGAUUCUUAAUUUGGUUUUUUUCAUGGCAACUUUAGUCACAAAGAUGGGUAUGAAAUCUAUGCAUCUUGGAAAAGAAUUUGGACAAGCAAUGGGAAAAGUGACCCCAGCCCAAAAGCUUUCAUGGCUGACCAACAGCUGGCAUAUUGGGUAAGAAAUAAGACCGACAUUCUGUAUCUGCCGUAGAUGAUAUUCCAUUUAAUAAAUGUAAAGAAAGCUUUGUUCUUAGAUCUAGGAGAUGAUUACACACGUUUCCUGACACAUGAUGUGUGGUUGUUUUCUUAUUUAUUUAUUUAUUGCUGCCAGUAGAAAAGCUUUUAUUCUGUAAUUUUUUUUCCAUUUAGAACUUUAUUUUAAUUUCAAAUAAAGACAGGGAAUGGGUACAGAAGAGAAAAAGGAAGGGGCGGGGGGGGGAUUCAGUACACAGUAAUACAUUUACAGCCGAACAGCAGUGCUCUUUUUAUGUGCAACAGUAACUUAAUAAAGUAAUGAGGUAUCUCUAGUAAGGGUUGUGUUAGGGUAUUGUCUCAGUGUUUUGGAUAAGUAGGAUUUCAACUGUAGGUAUGAAUUUAGUGAGGACUGUGAAUAUUGGAGUGAAUAUUUAGCAGAUAGACUUGAAUUGUCUAGUAGUUUGUCUACUUCAAACAAGGGAUAAAGGUGCGUUGCGCCCCUACAAUGCCAGGGUACUGGGUUAAACAUAGAGAUAGAGUACGGCAAAGCUCUGAUUGGGGUCGCCAAGGAGAGGGUGGGGGUGCUACCCAAUCUGGGUCUGUACUUAUCCCAGAUGUGGAACAGGAGCUGGACCAGAGGGGGAAAGAGGGUCACAUUUGGUCUGAAUUGCUUCGGCGUCCAAAGCAUAUUAGUAACUUCAUACCCUCCCAUGAGGUCUCUCUCCAAGGAAACCCUUUGUGAUCUGGUAGUGAAAACAAUAUGGGGUAUGACCGGGUAUGAUAACACAGCCGCUUGGUAAUAGGCCUGUUUGCUAGGCAGUGCCAGCCCACCUUGUUGCUUAGGGGCCUGUAACAGUUUAAGGGGUACUCGUACUUUACCUCCUGUCCAUACAAAUCUUCCUACAUUUGAUUGGAUCGCCUUAAAAUAGGACUAGGGUAAUGUCAAGAUUGGGUAACCCACACACAGAGUACAGGGAAACCGUAACCAGAAUGAAUGAAUAAAAAUAAAUAAGGUGCAUAUACCGGACCUUAGAAUAGCCGGGUUAACGUGUGCCUUAGAUAGGCGAAAAAUACAGAUUCAAAAUAGGAAGCCAAGGUCAAGGGCACCAGAGAUACUCAAUAACGAAAACACAAGCUGAAGUCAGGGGACCAGAAAAUCAGAAAAGUCAAAUACAAAGCCGGGUCAGUAACAAGAAAACCAAAACUACUUCACAGUAAGCACUUUUGGGCAGAAUAAACCAUGACAGGGCAAUGAUCUCCAUAAAGAGGGAAGUUUAAAUAGGGAGAACAAAAAUCUUAUUGGACAGCAUCAUCACCCUGCACCAAAUCACACAAAGGGGUGAGACCUGUGAAGGGCAGAUGAUGUGGCCCAAUAAUAUGACCUGUCAUUUUAAUGCUAUAAAAAGCCUGCACCUACAGGGGCCUGUAAUUUCCAAGGACUCCUGUAGGUGGCGUAAAGCCACCAAAAAGAUCAGGAAGUCUUGCCAGAAGACAGAUCAUGCAGGGGCUGCUCUGCAUGUGGUGCAACCAAACACCUCAUGAUGUUUACUGUGGCCAGGACGGGGUAGUGCCGGAGACUUUGUGGCUGCUGCACGGCACGGUUCGUAUUUUCCGCAUGUAGGGCGGCUAUGGUUGAAUGUAGGACAUUGAUCCUGGCCAGUAGUUCCUGCAUGGGUUGCGUCUUAUUGUUUGCGGAAAGUUUUGCUAGUAUUAAUCUGGUUUGGCUCUGUUUUUUGAGGUAGGAGGGUCUCCUAAUAAAGAGCCCUCUGACCACUGCCUUAUGGGCAUUCCAUGCUAGGUCAUCCGCCAUUUCUGCCAUCUCGUUGUUUCGGAAAUAGUCUGUCAAAUCAGAUUGAACUGACGCACGAAAUGGACCAUCAGUAGCGACUCAUUGAGACGCCAAUGCCCUUUAACCUUAAAUUGAAACUCAUCAUGUAUUAAUAGGUGGACUGGGCUGUGGUCAGACCAUGUGAUCUCCUCUAUCGUAUAUUCCGACAGCUGGGCCAGGGUGGCAUUGUCUAAAAAAAUGGUAUCUAUUUGGGUGUACCUGUUGUGGACUCUGGAGUGAAAAGUAUAGUCUGCGUCCGUGGGGUGCAGGGUACGCCAUGUGUCAUAAAGCCCAUAUUAUGCGAGUAACUUAGGGUCUUGCAUGUGGUGGUCAAUUGCCUUUUCCUACGUCCUGUGGGGUGAACUGUGGUGUCAAGUGUAAGUGCUUGGAUAAAAUUGAAAUCCCCACAGAGGAGUAAGUCACCUGAUUUGACCUUGUCAAUAGUGAGGAGGAGAGAGAGUGAAGAUACGCUUUGGAAUCAGUGUUAGGGAAGUAAGCCGUUACCAAAGUGUAGUGUGCAUUUUUGCACCUAUAAGGAUAAUGUAUCUGCCUUGUGGGUCUAUAAUUUUUCUGUUGUAGUAUCAGGGCUACAUCCUUAUGGAUGAAGAUAGAAACCCCUUUUGUCUUGUUUUCAGAGAGGGCAUGGAUUUGGGUCGGGUAAUUGUUAUUGAAGAUAGACGGUGUGUGAUCCCUACUAAAAUGUGUCUCUUGAAUACAGGCAAUAUCAACUCCCUCUUUCUUUAAGUCCCUGAGUAAGAGACUACGUUUACCUGGGGUAUUAAGCCCCUUGACAUUAAGGGUCGUGAUUUUCAUAUUGUGUUAGACCAUUAAGCCGUAAGCUGGGAUUUUUGUGGACAUUGUAUUGUCAGAGCUUUGUUGUCAGCUAUUAUAAGUCGGGCGGGUGAGGGAGGUGGCUGCCUCAGAACCCGGUGAUGCAAGAUGGGAGGGGGGAAGGAACAAUAUGGGGAGGUGAAAACCUAAUAAAAACCGUAAACAAAAUAGAGCCCACAAGUUCUGAGCCCUGGCAUGUUGUGGCAAAUCCACACACAGACAGUGGGGGUUGGCCUUGAUCGACUCCAUUUCUCGGAGUCACUUAGCUGGUAAGGUCCAAUAGGAGAUUUGAUAGCUAAAAGGGUUAUUUAGUAAUACCUCAAGUAUACUGCUGAAUGGUAGCAGUGGAACUUUUUUUUAUUUUAUUUUUUUCAUGUUAGUGGAUUGUUUUAGGACACUUGUGCCUUUGGCUGUACGGCUCCGGUGGCAUGACAGUGUUUGGUACGACUUGGGCAGUGUCAGAAUCUAAUCAGCUAGCGGUAAAGGUCAUAGUAGGUCUAUACAGUCAUGCUAUAUAUAAACUGUGCUUACAGUACAGGCGCUAUAACACUCAUAAUAGACAAACGUCUCCCAAAACAUAGGGAACAAAACACAUAGUAAACAUUACAAACCAGUUACAUAGGCAUAUGAGACAUAUUAAUAAACGAUACCCUUCGGGCCAGGGCCCGAUGCUCUCAGGCUUGAGACUAUUCUGGUGACAGCCAGGGGACUUUAGCCGGAAAGAGUUCUGGUAAAGGUAUACCCCAGUCUUUCAGCUUUUGCAGACCUUCCUUUUGCUUUGCCAUGGUGUGGAUCACCCCCUGUUUCUGGAUGAGUAGUUUUGCCGGCUAUCCCCAUCUGUAAGUCAGGUCGUUGGACCGAAGCAUGGUAGUGAUCUGCAAAAGCGAUUUACAAAAUUGUAGCGUAGUAGAUGACAAGUCUUUGAUAAUGCUGUAUGGCUCAGGGAGGGCAGUGUUUCUGCAGGCAUUGGUGAUGCGCUCUUUCACAUGGAAAUAAUGGAGGCGCGCUAUCACAUCCCCGUGCGACUGUGGCUGGGUCUGCAGAGGCGGUGGAUUCUAUCUAUCACCAGCUGGUAUGGGUGUGUAUCUGGUAUCAGCUCUUGGAACAGGUCCAUCAGGUAGUUGGACAGGUCUGAGUUUUGGACUGUCUCUGGUAUACCUCGGAAGCGGAGGUUGUUCCUCCUGGAUCUGUCCUCCAAGUCCGCAAUCUUGCGCCUUUGUGCUUCCAGCAUGUCAUCCAUCACUGGGAACUUGUCUGCCAGGCCAUUAUGGGCUGUUGCAAAAUCAUCCAGCCUCUGUUCUACAUGUGCUGGCCUGCAUUUUGUCUGAGAGUUCAGACAUUAGGGUUCUUCUGAAAUGGAGCUUGGGGGGUUAAGGCAAUGCGUCCCUUGAGUGGUAAUUGCCAACAUCUUGGAUCGGGCUGCGGACUUCCCUGCUCUUCCCUGCCGGAGCUGGCACCAGGAAGAAGGAGGCUUUGUCUGUCUUGGCAUGCUUGCCUUUACUCCUCUGGGACAUCAAGAAUGUGGGUAUCGGCUAUAGUAUGCUGCUUGGAGCUCCGUUUAUUUUGAACUCGUUAGGCCGUGAGCCGCAGGAGCUUCACAUGCAUGCGACUGGUUCGUUCAAGCUCCAAGCCACGCCCCCCAUUCUGUUACUUUUUAUAUGCAUGGUGCAAAAGUUUUUUACAUAAAUAUACAUGCAUAAUUCUUCCUUUCCGUGGCUUACAGUAAGAAAGUCAUGUGUAAUAAAUUGUAGCAUUGAUAUGAGCAGUUUUUUUUUUUUUUUUUAUCAUGUCCUUGCGACAUGUGUUGGUAAAGCACUUCAUUAUUAUUAUAUUUUUUUAUUUGUUAUUUCAAUUUACAAAGGCAUCAUAAAUGUUUAUUUUUUAUCCAACAAUACAUAUUGCAAGAGGCAAAGCUUUACUUCUAUUGGGAUUGCCAUUGCUUUGUGUCAUCUCAUUGCUGCAGAGGACCUAAUGAGGAUUUCAUAGGAUCUUCAAUAUACUUUUAUUUUACAUAGUGACAGCGCUGCUUUAAAAUUAGCUUUCUAUAUCCUACUUUGUUACAAAACUGCCCUGGCCUUUAUAAAUGAAAUAAUCCAAGCACGUUCAUUACCUAGUAUUGCAAUUAACCUUCCUGGCAUCAGCCAAGGGAUACAGGCUGCGUGCUGACUCAUUCUUUUUGUAUAGUCGCCUGUGCAGUAUUAACAGCUUUAGUAAAAAUUUAAAAUGUUAUAUCACGUUGUAAGUAUCAUCUUUUGGGCAAAUGCCUUGAUAAGACUAGAUUUGAUGUCAAUUGAUUUAUUUUUCUUCCCAUUUAACAAGCUUUUAAAUUGUGCAUGUGGGACUAUAUAAAAAUGUUGUAGUUGAAAGUAUUUUAAAUUCUAAUUGUUUGGUUACAUUUGACCAUUAAUUUUUUUCACUUUUUUUUUUUUUUUGGUUAAGGUGCAGUGCACAAAAAUUGAAUGUGGGAAGUGGCGACAGCUGACAAAAGAGAUUCAGUUAACAACACAAAUGGCAAAAACAUACAGAUGUGGCAUGAAAUUGAAUAACUCGGUCAAGGUGAUGCAUUAGUUUUUUGUUUUUUUUCCAUUAUGAAUAUUGAUUAUUUUUGUAUCAUUUAUUUAUUUUUAAAAAAUUCAAUUUAUCUGUCUGGGCAGUCACGCUAGGCCGUGACUGCUCAGACCAACUGCUGCUCCUAAUUUGCCUGCUUUGUGAAACUGCAGUGGCAGGCAAGUUAGGUUAAACAGAAGUUGGUCAGAUAACAAUAGAGCUUGACCCAACAUGGCUGCUCAGCCAGAUCAAAAAGUUACAUUUUCUCAAAAAAGAUCCUUCUUAUUAAAAAAAAAAAGUUACAUUAAAUAUAAACUUAAAAAAAAAAUGUUUUAUUUAAAUCUGACAGCUUUCUUUUAAGAAUUGAAGCAUUCUUGUCUGCUUUCAUUAACUGUAGCAAGUGCAUCUUCCUGCACCCCCUCAAAAAUGGGUGGUGAACAUUAUCAUUUGCGCUUUAUUCCUUUCCAUUAAAAACCAUUGCGAAAUAUUUCAUAAACUUCUGCCUAACAGGUGAUACGUGUCCUUCUUUUAACUCCAAUAGAACAAAAAUGCAGUAUUACCCUGAUGACAUCUUCUCUUAAAUGCCUGUUGUCCAUUAACCCCUAAACACACAGCUUCAGUUUACUUGUAUUGUACAUAAGGACACAAGCCCUUUUGGCAUGCUAUGUGUGUGUGUUCAACUGCAAUUUCCAUGUUCCUCAUUUAUUGCACCAACGCAUAGUAUAUAUAUAUUUUUUUAAAGGACAAAAAGAGCAUUUUAGUAGUUUUAUUUAUUUAUCACUUUCAUUUAAAUUUUUUCAAUGUCAUGUGCACCAUUGUAUUAAAAUUUUAUGAGUUGUACUCCGCAACAUCUGCGUACAAAAAUACCCUACUUGUAGAAAAGUAUGAAUCUAAAUCCCAUUUAAUUCUAAUUCUAAACCAAACCCUAAUUAUCAGCCAUGUCCUAAAUCUAAACUUAAUCCUUAUCAUAAACAUCACGCUAAUCCUAUGCCGAACCAUUAUCCCUUAUCUUAAUCCUAAAACUAGCACUAGUGUUAGAAAGAUUCCCUUGCUGAUUUCAACAGAGCUAUCGGCAUGCUGGCCCUAACUCCAAUCCCAACCUUAAAUAUAAUCCUAAACAUAAACUUAAUACUAAUUCUAAUCCUAAUCCUCAGUAAUGAUAUCCGUAACAUUCUAAGCUAAACCAGUAGAGAGCAGGAUCCCUGGCAUGCUGAUUUUGUCAUUACACUGUGAUUGGUGCUGGGAAACUGGCAAACCCCGGCAUUGUUGGAGACAUGCAGGUUGAACGUGCCAGGGUCUCCCACAGAACCGCUGCCAGCCCCAAAUCACCGUGGCUGGAUGUAUUUACUCAGCUCUGGUGUUCACAAUGAAUUUAAGUGACUAUAUGCAGUGCUCACUUUGCGAGUGCAUACAAAUCACCAGUCCAUUUUUAGCCACUAACCUUUUCACCUCUAGUUUGUCAGUUACUAUUGUGCGUUCCCAUUGUAAACUGCAGUGUGCUAUAGAAUGUUUGUAAUGUAAAAAUCACUACAAUAUUUUUUAAUUAGUGCAGUGACAUCAGCUUGGAUUAAAUCGAACAUGCUGCUGAUUAAUAGAUAUUGCUAAUAUCCUCUUUAAUGGUACUACAUAAUAACACUUUGUCCAUAUUUAACGGGACCCAUUUGCUUAAUUAAUAAAAUUAAUUCACUGGUUUCGAGUUACAUUUUUUUCCAACACAUUUGCAUAAUUUCAACAUUGUUUUGCUGCCACUUGCCAAGUAUACAAACUGAAUAUAUUUUCUUUCUACUGCAGACCGAGGGACCAGAUCAGUGCUCAAUGCCAGAGGACCUGGUAAGUAAACUUUAUGAAUUGUAGAAGACCAUACAUUGCAUUGUUUGAAACACCCUCUGCAAAUUUUAAAUAUGAGGUUAGCUGUGCACAUUAAAUUAAACACAUUUACAUACAUUUUACUUGAUUGCAAUGCACACAUCAUUUCCAAUACUUUCUCUGUAUGCUUGUUUAAAGGGAUACUCCAGUGUCCAAAUACAAAAUAAAUAAAAAUCACUGUUUAGUAGAUAUCCCCCAAAUGAAAACGUGCAUGCAUCUACUAAAAAGGACACACUCUUAACACACAAAGCGUUUCAGCAAGCUAAAGUGCUUUAGGGGUCUAAUGUUCUUUUAAAAUGUUCUUUUAGUAUUCCAGUAACAUCCUCUGUUAUAUACCUGUGAUAGUUCAAUAUGUUCCAAAUUGUAGACAGAAUAUUUGACAAAAAAAAAAAUCUGAAUUAUAAUCCCUUUUUUCCAUUAAUUCCUUUGACCUGCAGAGAGUUUCUGAAGUACAGACCCAAUCCUGGUAUUCCAUGCUCAUUCUCCCUCCACUGCUGAAGGACAGCCCUGCAGCUGAAUUGUUGGCUGCCUACUACCCAGACUGUGUGGGCAUGAGCCCAUCCUGUACCAGCACUAAUCGCCUUCUUGGAGAAGACCAUUCUGCGAAAAUGGAGCACUGUAGAGGUGUUUCAUCUCCUAACUCAGCCAGUAUGAACUCUACACUCUUUUGUUUUGUAUAGAAAUGAGCGAGAGAAUAUUUUAAAAAUGUUUAGAAUAUCAAAUCCCAACCACUGACAUAUUUUUGGGGCACACUGUAGUCAUGUAUUGUGGCAUGAUUUUGUGUAUUGCUUAGUGGGUAGUUAGACAGUAAUCAUAAUGUUUGGGAUCUUUAUUAUAUCUUACCUUGAUUAGGUUAAGUGAUUAUUGAAACUUUUUCUGGCAUGCAUAAAAUGACCGUGUUACAAUAGUUAAAGUGCUAAUUUACUUAGAGUUUUUCAUAAAGACAGAAUCUUAAUAAAAUCCCAUAACUAAAUAUGGGAUUUAUAUAGUUCGUGUCUGCAUUGGAAUUUCAAUGAAAUUCUAACAAUGAACUACUUUGUCUAAUGUAUACAACAAUGUCUGGCAAUGUUUGCAAGUUAUUGUUGUACAUGUAAUUACUCUGUAUGUGUAAUGUUUUUGUCUUAAUGUUCACUAUUGUUUACUAAUCAAUGUGCAAUGAUCAUAUGAAAAGCUUGAAACAUUUCUUAAGUGAUAUUCCAUGCUGGUGGUGACCCUCAUUUAUUUUUUUACAUGCAUUCUAUAGAAAAGGAAGUGGUUCGGCCAGUCAGCUCAGUGGAGCUGAGUGUAACUCAUCUGAGGUUUAUGGGACAUGUGAUGUGAUGUAAUAGGAUGAACAUCAACAAGAUAAAUAGAAUUGCUCAGUAUUACUUCAGCUUUUAUGACAUUCAUUGUGUUAUUAUUAUUAUUUUUAUUAUUUAUAUAGUGCCAUCACAUUCCAUAGCGCUGUACAAUGGGUGGACUAUCAGACAUGUAAUUGUAACCAGACAAUUGGACGUACAGGAACAGAGAGCUCAAUGAGCUUACAUGCUAAAGGGAGUGGGGUAUAGUGACACAAAGGGUAAAAGUAGGGGUACGAAGUAGGUUGUUAGAAAAAUAUUCACUGAGGGCUUAGUAGGUAAUUUUUGACAGUUGCAGGAGAGGAGUCGUGGGGUGUGGGGGAUAAAAACCUGCUCACAGUUUAAUUGAUAUGCUUUCUUGAAGAAGUGAGUUUUUAAUGAUUUGAAUGGAGUUUUCUCACAAUUGCUGCUCUGGAUGUCAAGGGAUUUGGGGAUAUUCACAGAUUUUCCCUACCAUAAAAGUUUUAUACAGGCUUAACAAAAAUAACUUUUGUGUCAUCUGUCCCGAAGUGUUGUUUUUUUUGUUUACAAGGAGGCAGGGAAUCUUCAGCACCAUAACCUAUACAAGGGACUUGAGUUAUGUGACUUGGAGUGUCUAUUUUACACCAUGUUUGUAAAUGACUCUACAGCCCUGGUGUUAGAUACUGUAACACUUAACAUUCUGUGCAAAUAAGUAGAUCAUUAAUACUCUGCCUGUUUAUAGAAUUUUGUAAUUCAUUUAUAUAGGUACAAAAAUCAAUCCGUACUUCCAACCUUUUUACCAGCCUAAUGAAUGUGGGAAAGCACUCUGCGUUAGACCCGAUGUGAUGGAAUUAGAUGAGCUUUAUGAGUUUCCAGAGUAUUCACGUGAUCCUACCAUGUAUUUAGCAAUGAGAAAUCUAAUACUUGCUCUAUGGCACAUAAACUGCAAGGUUGGUGAUUUUUUUUUUUGAUUUUUUUUUUUAUAUAAGGAGGAAGGUUUAUGAUCAUGUCAGCUCUUAAUGUAUGGAAUUCUUGUUUAAACAUGCAACUUGAUUUUUCCUUUAUUAUUAUUAAAUUAGGAGGUGCUCACUCCCCAGAAUUGUGCUCCUCAUAUAAUUGUACGAGGGUUGGUUCGCAUUCGAUGUGUUCAAGAGAUGGAGAGGAUCCUCUAUUUCAUGACUAGAAAAGGACUGGUCAACACAGGAGUCCUGGCUGUCUCGCCAGGUCAAUACCUUCUUCCACAGGAAUAUCACAAUGUAGGUUGCUUUGGAGAUUCUUAGAAAUAGACUUUCAAAUAUCCUUACCCAUCUUAAUCUUAUGAGUGGCUCAUUGGAUGAAACAAGACCGAAUACUUGUAUUUGGUGUCUUUUGCAAUAAAAUAUUUAUUUAUUUUCUUUUAGAAAUCUGUAAUUGUCAUUGGGGCUGGCCCCGCAGGACUGGCAGCUUCCCGACAGCUGCACAACUUUGGCAUAAAGGUAAAUAAUUCUCAAACAUGGAAUCCUGUAUAGUUCUGUUUUGUGGGUUCUCCCUCCCACUUUUUUAUUUAUACAUAAUAUACUCUUUUGUUGUUUUUUUUGUUCAGGUGAUGAUUCUUGAAGCCAGAGACAGGAUUGGAGGGAGAGUUUGGGAUGACAAGUCUUUUAAAGGUGUCACCAUUGGAAGAGGAGCCCAGAUUGUUAAUGGCUGUGUCAACAAUCCUAUAUCAAUAAUGUGUGAGCAAGUGGGUUUGUAUGGCCAUUCUAUCUGUUGUUCAUUAAUGAACAUUAAAACUUUGUUGUUUAACUUUAUUAUUGAGAAAAUGGUAAGCAUAACAUUCUGUAAACACAUGUAAAAUAGUGUCAAUAAACUCAGCACUGUAAUGCUGAUGAGAUAUUUUUUAAAAGGACAGGCUAAACACCAAAACUACUACAUAUUAAUGUAAUGGACAAAAGCAAAUAAGUAAGGGAUGGGUCUGCGCCAAUAAACAGGGUAAAUAAAUAAUAACAACAGUCCUGGUUGGGAUAGUUUUGAUAAAACGGAGUUCAGUAGAGUAGAACUUGGAUCCUAUGUAUGGUCUCUGAAGUUGUGAGGUUCUGCUCGUUGCAGUAUCCAAAUAUAUAGAAGAAGGUGAUGGAUGAUGAAAAGGAUGAUCCAAAAUUGUAAAAAUAGGAGAGGUCUUACUUACAGUUGGCAGAGCUUAAUCCAGCUCUGGUGUGAAUGGCAUGCAGCGGUAUUAUCCCCACUUGUAGGAUAUACGGUGAGUGUCCUCUUCUAUGUAGUGACAAACAACCAAGUGGGAGAUAAAAAUGGAGACAGUAAUGGUGCAGUAUGUUCCACAAGUAAAGUAAAAGAUGUUAAAAUAUAGUAGAUACACUCACAUUCGGUAGAGCUUCUACUAGCUCUAGUGUUGUAGGCAUACAGCGGUAUAAUCCCCGCUUGUAGGAUAUAUGAUGAGGGUUCUUGGAGAUGGUGUCAGAGAGAAGAUAAAACAGCAAUAGUGCUCUCAAGAAAAUAUUGUUGAUUUAUAAAAUAUAAUAAAAUAUACUCACAGUGUAUAGGGCAGACUAACUGCUCUAUGACAAGGGCAUAGGUGAUAUAAUCCCCACCUAGGAUUCUUUGGAGUAUAGUAUAAAUGAAAUAAAAUAAAAAAAAUAAAAAUAUAGUAAUAUAAAAAGAUAUAUAUAAAUAGCCAGGUAGUAGUCAAAAGAUAAUGGUACAGAAGUAAAAAAUGACCAAAAUCUAUUUAUUAACAGUAUUUAAAAGCAGUACAAUAUCCAAACGUGUUUCACCAUAUAGGCUUUAUCUCUCUGUUUUGUUAAUGUAAUGGGUUGGUGCAUAAACCCCCUCCCUUUUUUGGGUGAGCAAAGUAAAACAUUCCUAUUUCUGAGAAGCAUCAUUAUUUACAUGUGUCCAAAAACACGACUCUAGUAGCUGUCAAACUGACCGUGGUCAUCACGCUCAUCGUCACCACAUAUAGCAUGAUCACGCAAGUACAGCUAAAGCCUCUGUGACAAGUAUUGGAUUGGACUGAGAAUAUCAGUCCUAACAGUCUCACAGAAGGAGGAGCUAAAGAUGUGAGGAGACUGUGCCCAAGCUGGAUUACAGAUGCAUUUUAUGGAUAUUCGGAUACCUCAGACCCCUUCUUUUUCACGUUUUGUUCUAGCCUUUUGCUGCAAUUUAUUUUUUUAUUCACAUCACUUGACACUAAAAACCCAUAAAGACCAAGUAAAAAACAGAUUUUUGAAAACUUUGCAAAUUUAUUAAAAACAAAAAACUUUAGUAUUUAAACCCUUUGCUGUGAGACAAGUAAUUUAGCUCAGGUGCAUCGCAUUUCUCAUCUUUGAGAUGUUUUCUAAACUUUGAUUGGAGUCCACUUGUGGCAAAUUUAAUUGAUUGGGUAUGAUAGGCCUGUCUAUUCAAGGUCUCACAGCUAUAAAUUCUUGUUAGUGGGGAAAAAAGCCAUGAGAUCAAAACCUGCAGAGCUGAGAAAGGACACAGGCCCUGGGAAGGCAACAAAAAAAAUCCCUUGAUAAAAAUUGGAGCCCAGGGAUGGAUUGAUACCGUUACGUUCAGGUACUUGCAAAAACUGAAGGUUUGCAUCAAAAAAAUGAAAUUCAUAGUCCAGAACCGUUAAGCAUGUACAAUAGAAAUGGGAACUUUCAUAAAUUAUCCUUAUUCUCCCCCCUUGACUAUCAGUCGGACAACCUGUCCUGUUACUUCUCUGUUGCAAUAGGCAUGCACCUGCCUUGUAAAGAUUUCUUAGAGAGAAGCAUUGUGAAGUCUGUGAUUGGACGGCCACAGUAAGUCUUGGUUGGGCUAGAAGAGGAAGGCUUGCAAAGGCUUCAGACAAAUUAAUUAAAUAUCUUUUACACGCGGUUUACAGAUGUACCCACCAUUGAAAAAUGCAUAACUAAAUGCGUGUGUGUUUUCAUGUGGGGUAUAUCUUCUAAACGGUGAUUUUAUUUAUUUUUGUGUUUGCUUUUCAACUAGAUUAAUUUUCUUUUUCUUCAAUAAAGAUCGCGAUCAAGAUGCGUAAACUGGGAGAAAGGUGUGAUCUAAUUCAGGAAGGGGGAAGACUUACUGACCCAGCUAUAGAUAAACGAAUGGACUUCCACUUCAAUGCUAUACUAGAUGUUGUUGCUGAGUGGAGAAAAGAUAAGACGCAGAAUCAAGAUGCACCACUAGGAGGUAUCAUGUCAUGGACACAUAAUGCAGUGUAUAUUAGCAAAUGCUAAAAAUUAUUUGUUUACAUUCCACUUACUUAUCUCAGUGAGUCUGAUUUCUGUUUUUAUUUUUUACAUUUACUUGACAGAUAAGAUCCAGGAAAUCUACAAGGCUUUUAUUCAGGAAUCUGGAAUCCAAUUCACUGAUGUGGAAGAAAAGGUGUUACAGUUUCACCUCAGUAAUCUGGAGUACGCCUGUGGAAGUAACUUACAGAAGGCAAGCUUUGUUCUGCUGAUUGCAAUAUAAAGAAUAGAAAAUUAUCUCUUGCUUCCGAAAUCUAGCAAUGCCUAUGUGCUUUACAAAAACAGUAAAAAAGCACUCAUUGUGCUUCUUAAAACAAGCUUUUCAGGAUUCUGUAGAAAUACAUGAUCAUAGAAUUGUAGGUGUGUGUUUUUGUUUUUUUCUUGAUCGCAAAAAAUAUCAGUAAUAAAGGAUCACUAUAGUGUCAUUAAAACAAACUUGUUUUCCUGACACUAUAUAACUCUUAGGUCCCCCUCACCCUCCCUUGGAUCAUCACAGGCAUUCAAACAGUCCAUAGGAAUGUUCUGCACGCUGAAUGCAAUUUUCGCAUCCAGCGUCGAAGAAACGCCUCUAGCAGCUGUCAGGAAGACAGCCACUAGAGGCUGGAUUAACCCUGCAAUGUAAACAUAGCAGUUUCUCUGAAACUAUGUUUACAUCUGAAGGGUUAAAACCUGGGGAACCUGGCACCCAGACCACUUCAUUGAGCUGAAGUGGUCUGGGUGACUAUAGUGUCCCUUUAAAAUCUUUCCAAGAUGUUGCUUAUAUCUUAACUAGAGUGAGACAAAAGUCAGGUACCGAUAUAGAAAAGUCUCAAAGGACAUGAAAUGACCUCAUCAAAAAAAAGAAAUUAUAUAUAUAUUGUAUAGUUUUGAACAUUCUCCAAUCACAAAUAAAGGGCAUUGGAGAUAGGCAUUCAAGGGGGUCAGUUCUGGUGUUACCUGCUAACAUUGUCCAUUGUAGUACCUGGUCGAUUUGAAUGAUGAAGGAAAAAAACUGCUCCAAUACUUGGAAAGGAUUUAUUUAUUUUUGACUGGCAUUUAUAGACGCCAACAUAUUCCGCAGUGCAGGAUUAAAACAUAACUUUUAUUCCAAAGAGCAAGGUAGUUAAAAAAUAGUAAGUAAAAAAAAUAAAAAUAGAUAAAAAUCACCCCAUACUAGUCGCUUAAUGCAUAUUUGUGCUCAAUAGCAUCAAAUAUAUUGAAUUAAACUCAUCAUUUCCUUUAUGUAAAUAGCCAGUGGGUGUAAAUAUGGCAAGUCUUACUUUACUCCUUUGAUAUUUUGUUAAUCUAACAUUUUAAAUGUCUUGCAGGUGUUGGGGUGGUUCCUGAGUUUUGUAUCUCCCUUUUAAUAAAAUUAUGAGGUUAGCCACCAACACUAUGUACACUGGCGUACAUAUAGGGGUCGCAGCUGCGACCGGGCCCGUCACUCCAGGGGGCUUGGCCGCCCUGCAGACCCCUGCGACCGGAUGCCUGCCAUCAUCAUUUAUGGCCCCUGCCCGCGCUGCAAGCCGCCGGGACCACAUGUUAAGGUACCCAUCGUGUGGCCCAUGUUGUCAGGGCCACCGCAUGGGUAUGGAUUUUCCACGGGGCCUGGUCAGCGCUGCGGCGCUUUAACAGCGCGACAGUUUCGCACUGGGGCCCCAUGGGUUGUGUGUACGCCACUGACUAUGUAUACUUUCAUUUCCAUGAUCACAUUUAUUUUUAUUUUUUUUGUAAAUUAUAUAUAUAUUUUUUUUUUUUGCAACGAUCCUGUCAGCUUACAGUAGAAUACAUUAAAGCUGAACAAGACACAGGUCAUGGUACAGGCAAGUAUCUGUAGGAAGAUUGUGCGACAUGUAGGUCUUGGUGUUAAUUUGUGCACUGAGCACAGGAAAACAUGUAAACUAUAUACAAAUACGAUCAUGUCUUCCAUGAUCAAAUUGUAAUCACUCUUUAUAGAGGUAAGGCUGAUCUCCAGGUGCAUCUGUUCAAACAUUUAAUAAAAUCUGCUUUGAAUUCAGGUAUCUGCUCGUUCUUGGGACCACAAUGAAUUUUUUGCCCAGUUUGCUGGAGAUCAUACAAUGUUGACUGGUGGAUACGCUACGAUCAUUGACAAGUUGUCAGAAGGACUUGAUAUUCGCCUUAAAUCACCUGUAAGCAUUUAAUUUAUUUGUAUUAAAUCUGUUAACCUGUCAGUUUAUGACUUUUACAGAAUUCCAUUGUGUAAUAUGUGCAAAACACCGUAUGAAACAAGGGCACGAAGAGAGAAUCGUAAAUACAAGAAAUGUAAAGCUUUUGUUUUAUAUCCAAGCAAUGCCAAAACCACUCAAUGCAUCAUAACAACCUAACUGCAAUGAAGUCGUUAUUGUGCGAAGAACUACCAAGAACAUUUUGAUUGAAAAAAAUAUUAACAUAACAUUUAUUUGAAGCAAGGGAUACAUAGCUAGCAUAUAAACAUAAAGUAUAACACAGCAAUUGUGUAUCGAUUACUUUGCAGACAAAAAAAAUAUAAAAAUUUAUAUAAAUUUACACAAUUCUUAUUUUUUACUUAUUCGUUCACCUUUAUAAAAUGUAUCUGGGGAAUGAACAACUUUAGAUGAUAUACAGUGUUCUUUAUCUUGCAAUAUUUAACACAGGGUCUGAAAUGUUAGUAUAAAAAGCAAACAUAAAAUUUUUCUUGAUGUAACAAAAGUAGAUCAAUACAAAUAUCCAUGACUUCAGAUUAAUGUAAUGCCAUGGGAUUCAGCAUUUUUCAGUUUGACCUAAGUGACAAAUCCUGUAAAGUAUUAAAAGUCUGAUGGAUAAUGUCAUAUUGCUUUUAUAGCCGAAUGUAGGUGCCCUCUGAAUGAAAAUAUUGACAAAUCACAUUUAUUUACACAGGUCCGAAGUAUUGAUUACACUGGUCAAGAUGUUCAACUUACAGUUGCUGAUGGGAGCACCUAUACCGCACAAAAGGUCAUAAUAGAUAUGCAGAUUUUUUUUUUUCUUUUUUUUUUUUAGGUAUGAAAAAAGUGUGCCAAUUGCUUACUAACAGGAAGUAUUAAUGACUGAGACUGAAGAAUCUACUGUAAUGUAAUGGGUGGGGUGACUGAGGUUGAUAAGAGUGUGAUUGUUGUUUGCAGUCACACUUCUGUCAGUAACAUAACUGUACAUACUGGGAUCUCAGUGAUCCUAGUAUGUAUUGACUGUCUGAGAGAAUGUGAUUGCUGUUAGCAUUUUCAGUGAAUGUCAGAUUUGUAUAGACAUUGUAUUGCUUCUUCAAAACUUUAAAUGUACAGAAAGUCAGCACCGGUAAUCGGCCCGAGAGGUGACCGAUAAUCUGUAUAAGCAUUGGCUCUGGAAAAAAUAUGUUGGCCGAUCCAUAUGAUAUAUCUGUAUCUAUCUAUCUAUCUAUCUAUCUGUGUAAUACACUUCUUUUCAUAGAGCAGUUUUUAACAAUUGCAUUCUAUGUAGGUGUUGGUUACUGCUCCCUUGGCAAUUCUUCAGAAAGGUGUGAUUCAAUUUAACCCUCCAUUAGCAGAAAAGAAAGUUAAAGCUAUUAAUAGUCUUGGUGCUGGUAUCAUUGAAAAGGUGAGUUACUCAAAUAAAUAAUAUUUUUGUUUUAUUUUUCAUUUUAUUAGGAUUAUGUGUAAUGCUUAUUUAUUUAUAUGGAGUACCUACACGAGAUUGGUUUAAUUUGUAUGUGUGUACUAAUACAGCUCUGUUUAAUUUUUUUUCUCUAGAUUGCCUUACAGUUUCCUUAUAGGUUUUGGGACAACAAAAUUCAGGGAGCUGAUUUCUUUGGUCAUAUCCCACCUGACUCCAGUAAGCGUGGAUUGUUUGGGGUUUUCUAUGACAUGGAUCCACAGGUAUUUACCAUGUAACGGAAUUAUUUGAAUUUACAACCAGUAAUUCCCUUCUUUUGGACUUACAGCUGCAUUAUCAACAUUCAUCUUAUGUGGAAAGUUUCUGUUUAAUCAAUUAUUAAAAAUCAAAUUCAAUUUCGUAAAACGAUCAGUGUUUUUGGUUUGAAUUGCUGAUUUUCUUUCGUAAAAGUGCUUCAAGUCUCACAGGGAGAAAAGCGCUAUAAAAAUCGCAAAUUAUUAUUAGUAGUAUAACACUGACUAAUCAAAUAAUCAGUGGAUAAUAGAGUAAACUAUUGCAAUUGAGUCAUAGACAUUUACUUCUAUGUCUUGCUCCACAAGUCCAGCAACAGCUAACAAUAAAUGUCAUAAUUCUUUUAGGUGCUGCACCUGUGGAGUAAGAUAUAAGAGUAAGAGUCUAUGACUUAAGUUAUUUUUCUGUACUAUUCCGGUGUAGGAUAUGGUUUCAGAAAUUUUAUUUUAGGAUUGCUGCUUCUUUUACUUUUUCAUUUGUUAUUAAUAAUUCUAGGCCAAUUAUUAUUCUGUUAUGGAAUGCUUUUUAUAAGUGAAUUACAUAUUUGUUGGUUAGAUGAGGGUGAGUUUUUGUUACACUGCUGCACACAGAAAUAAAGGACAUUUAUUUACUUGACUUGCCUAAAUGGGACUUACACUACUACGUCUGCAUUGACUUCCCAAAUAUCGUUUUAUGGUCUAUUCCCGGUUUCCACUAAAAUUGCCUACAGUUAUAAACUGUUUUGUGUUUUUUGUUUAUCUAGGGUAAACAUGCUGUCUUGAUGUCUGUGAUUACUGGGGAUGCAGUAACUUCAAUUAAAGAUAUGGAUGAUAAGCAAGUGGUGAAACAGUGCAUGGUGGUACUUCGAGAGCUCUUCAAAGAGCAGGUACAGUGAUACUUGGGCAGAGAUUUACAUGGUUUACCUAUAAAAGAAGCAGCAUUGCAACAAUAAAUUGCCAGUUUGCAGAUUUCUUAUCACCUUAUCUGUUUACAUAUGGUUUUCUCUGUUGUCAUUCUCAUUUUUUGAGCUGUGUACUCUUAAAAUGAUAAACUAUAUGGUUAACAGACAGUUUGCCAUAUUUCUGGUGGCCACACUGUCACAUUAUUUGUCCCCUCCUGUAUUGAGUAUUGCUGAACAGCCAUUUGCACAAAUUGGAAUGGUAAGUUGGCAUUUACUUGAUCUCGAUGUCUUCUUUAAAUUAGGAGGUUCCACUCCCAGUGAAAUACUUUGUCACACGGUGGGCUAAAGAUCCUUGGGCUCAAAUGGCCUAUAGUUUUGUGAAGACUGGUGGAACUGGGGAAGCAUAUGACAUAAUAGCUGAAGAUAUCCAGGGGAAAAUAUUUUUUGCUGGUGAGGUGAGUAAAAGAAAUAUAUUGUUAAACCGUACGUUUUGCUGAGCAUGCUAUUCUGAUAUCGCAUAAAUUCAUUGAUUUUUUUUUUCUACAAGAGUAUUUUGUUUAAUUAUUAUUAAAUCAGUGGGAGGCCAUGAAUAAAUCUGAAACGUUGUGUUCUCUCUUGCGUCCUAAUCUGGGACUGCAUAGACCCUUCAAUAAACUGAAGUAUUUCAUUGUACCAUUUGGAAGUUGCUCUCUGUGCACCAUAACUACUACAUAGUCCUCUGAAGCCAUUCCCCGAUAGGGAGUAAAAACAUUUGCAAGUGGUUUGACACUUACCUGGUCUACUCUUUUAAACUGAAAUAGAGUUGAUCCAUACAGCACAUAUUCCCAAAUCGACCCAGUUAAGUGUAAAGCCAUUUGCAAAAGCCUUGACUCCUUACCAGUGGGUGGUGCCAGGGGACUCCUGGCGCCAUAAUAAUUUCAUUUAGAUGUAUUUAUGGUGUUUUAAGUUCCUAUUUGAAACAUGUCCCAUUCUCCUAAUGGACGUUUUAUUUUGGAAUACAGAGACAGUGGCCAUAUGUAUUGUGUGGCACACUGAGAUAUUACAUAUAAAGUGUGUAAUAAAGGCAUUUACCAUACAUUACAGUAGUGAUACUAUCUGUAUGUUGUUGGAGAAAUGGAGAUUGUUCUGGCCAGGCAAUGUUAUACCAGUCUUCAGUGACCUAAAUUGUGAUCCUGUAACCUCUAUCGAUUUCUUUUCUUAUUACUUCAAGGGUGGCCGCUAUAGCUCAGCCACUUACGGCUCAAUGUCUUACACAUGUAAAAUGCCAUUCUGCACACACUACUUUUUAAGUUGUUAAUUGUGGUGCAUGUGGGCCUUUUGCUGUCUUGAACAAUUCUGAUCAUUUUCCUCUGAAUGCUGGCCUUAAAUUCACUUACCAAAACAUUACAUAAUAGGAUUUAUUCAGUUAAAUUAAAUGUGGUGAAUCAAAUUUAUUUUGCCCAAUAUAGCCAAUUUGUGACUAUAACAGAUUUAGGAUUUUUUUUCAACUCUGUUUUGGCCUUGGUUUUGCAAUUACCUUUACAUGUGACAAAGUUGCAGCCAUUUGACUUUUUUUUUUUUGUGUGUGUGUUUAUGUAGUUAUAUGUAUAUGUGCAUGCGUGCAUUUAAUAUGUCACUCUUUUUCCAAUGUACUCAUCAGAAUAUUUAUUUUUUCCUGACACUUAUUACAGGCCACAAAUCGCCAUUUUCCCCAGACGGUCACAGGAGCCUACUUGAGCGGUGUGCGGGAAGCGAGCAAGAUUACUACAUUUUGAACAAUGGGGCUUAUUUUACAACAAUGUUUCUACUUUUAUAUACUGUUUUGGGAAGCAAUUUAAAGAAUACUCAAUUAAUAUCAUGUUUGGAUAAACAUUACAGUGCAACUUUCUUGUUUACAGCAUUUGUUAUAUAUUUAAUAUUGACCAGAAUGUUGGAAAUCAGGCUAUGUGUAUUGAACAUUCUACUGGGGUAUUGUUCACAUUUCCCUUAAAGAAAGCAUUAAUCAGGUAAUGUACCUUUAACAUUACUAAGGUAAUUAUUAGACUUUCACGUUGAGUUUCAGGUAUUUUGAACUAAUCAAAUUCCUUUUCAUAUAUGCCCAAAAAAAUCAAUCUGUCUGGGUUUUAUCUGUGGAAUCUUAUGCAAUGAAUAAGACUCCACAGGUAAGUCUCGGAUGGAUCGAUUAGUUCGGGCAUAGAUUAAAAGGAAUUUGAUCGUUCAAACCACCUGAAAUACAUUAUUACGCAAGUCUGGUAAUUCUGAUAGUAAAUUGGAUUUCUGGGAUCCCUACAAUGGUGCUGUCAUCCAAUUGGCAGCUGUCUGUACCAGAAGUGGGUUUUUUUUUGUUCUGCCAAAUGCUUUGUCUUAUUUAUUAAGUAUUGAGUUAUUCGAAGAUAUGCAAGUAAAUGUUUAAAUUAACAUGUAAAUUAAAAUUUUGUUGUAAAUAUAUAAAACAAAAACAUACUUGGCACUAAAUUCAGUUUUUCUUUGUGUUCAAUUACUGCCAAACAUGCUUAUUACCUUACUACAGAGAUACACUUUGUUUUCACUAUACUUUUGGAUUUGCUGGAGUGCUGAGCAUGGACAAUUUCAUGUUAAAAAUGUAUGUUCAAAAUAAAGGCAUAUCUUAAAAAUGG